GAAGAAAUGCCCAGUCCCCCAGCUCUGUACACAGCAAAGCCAUCCUAAAUGAAUGAAGGCUGACGUUGCCUCAUAGUUGUUCGAGGACGGAAAUAAAACAAGUGGGAGGAGACGAAGGCCACCAGCUCCUACUACGCCUGAAACGGAGAACCGACAGUUUGGAUCCAAAAUGACAGACUCCAAGUAUUUCACCACCACCAAGAAAGGGGAGAUUUUUGAGCUCAAGGCGGAGCUGAACAGUGAUAAGAAAGAGAAGAAGAAGGAGGCUGUGAAAAAGGUCAUUGCAUCGAUGACUGUGGGGAAGGAUGUCAGUGCUCUGUUUCCAGAUGUGGUGAAUUGCAUGCAGACUGACAACCUAGAGCUGAAAAAGCUGGUCUACCUCUAUCUAAUGAACUAUGCCAAAAGUCAACCAGACAUGGCUAUCAUGGCUGUUAACACCUUUGUGAAGGACUGUGAAGACCCCAACCCACUCAUCCGUGCCCUCGCCGUUCGAACCAUGGGCUGCAUUCGUGUGGAUAAGAUCACUGAGUACCUAUGUGAGCCGCUGAGAAAAUGUCUGAAGGACGAAGACCCCUAUGUGAGGAAGACUGCUGCAGUGUGUGUGGCAAAGCUGCAUGAUAUCAACGCCCAAUUAGUGGAGGACCAAGGCUUUUUGGACACGCUAAAAGAUCUCAUUUCAGACUCCAACCCCAUGGUCGUAGCAAAUGCGGUGGCAGCCCUGUCUGAAAUUGCAGAGUCACAUCCCAACAGCAACCUGCUGGACCUAAACCCUCAAACUAUAAACAAGCUGCUGACGGCUCUUAAUGAAUGCACAGAGUGGGGACAGAUAUUUAUUCUAGAUUGUCUGGCAAAUUACACACCACGGGAUGAUCGUGAGUCCCAAAGCAUCUGUGAGCGCGUUACCCCACGGCUCUCUCAUGCCAACUCAGCGGUGGUUUUGUCAGCAGUUAAAGUUUUAAUGAAGUUCAUGGAAAUGCUCCCAAAAGACCUCGACUAUUAUGGCACUUUGCUGAAGAAGCUUGCCCCCCCUCUGGUCACGCUGCUGUCUGCUGAGCCUGAGCUGCAGUAUGUUGCACUUAGAAACAUCAACCUUAUUGUGCAAAGAAGACCAGAAAUCCUGAAACAUGAAAUGAAGGUUUUCUUUGUCAAGUACAAUGACCCAAUCUAUGUCAAAUUGGAGAAAUUGGACAUAAUGAUUCGCCUUGCAUCUCAGGCCAACAUUGCUCAGGUGCUGGCGGAGCUGAAGGAGUAUGCCACUGAGGUAGAUGUGGACUUUGUGCGUAAAGCAGUCAGGGCCAUCGGCCGCUGUGCCAUCAAAGUGGAGCAAUCAGCAGAGCGCUGUGUCAGCACACUGCUGGAUCUCAUACAGACCAAGGUCAAUUAUGUGGUUCAGGAGGCCAUAGUUGUCAUCAAGGACAUCUUCCGCAAGUACCCCAACAAGUAUGAGAGCGUGAUUGCCACUCUGUGUGAGAAUCUUGAUUCCUUGGAUGAGCCAGAGGCACGCGCCGCCAUGAUCUGGAUUGUGGGAGAGUACGCUGAGCGCAUUGACAAUGCUGAUGAGCUUCUCGAAAGCUUUCUGGAAGGUUUCCAUGAUGAAAGCACUCAGGUGCAGCUGCAGCUACUGACUGCAAUUGUCAAGUUGUUCCUAAAGAAACCCACAGAGACCCAGGAGUUGGUGCAGCAGGUUCUCAGCCUGGCCACACAGGAUUCUGAUAACCCAGACCUCAGGGACAGAGGCUACAUCUAUUGGCGUCUGCUCUCUACAGACCCUGUUGCUGCCAAGGAGGUGGUUCUGGCUGAGAAGCCUCUGAUCUCUGAGGAGACCGAUCUGAUUGAGCCGACUCUGCUGGAGGAGCUAAUCUGCCACAUUGGCACUCUGGCUUCCGUCUACCACAAGCCUCCCAGUGCCUUCGUAGAGGGCAGCCGUGGAGUUCAGCACAAGAGACUCCCAGGCAGUGCUGGAUCUGGAGAGAGUGUUGAGAGCCCAGACACAGGAUCUGCAGCUGGAGUUCCAGAUGCCCCCCCUGCUGUUAUCCCAUCUCAGGGAGACCUCCUGGGUGAUCUACUCAAUCUUGAUCUGACACCUCCAGCCACCAGUGGACCGCCACCACCAGCCACGUCUGGCCUGCAGCUGGGUGCCAUGGACCUUCUUGGAGGAGGACUGGACAGCCUGAUGGGGGAUGAGUCUGAGCCGCCGCCCAUUCCCCUGCGGACGGACACUCCUCAGUCACCUCAGAUCCCACACCAUUCCCCAUCGCCCACAGAUUACAGCCCUACUGAGCUUGGAGGAGACCUUGGAGGAGGCUCUGCUAUGGGAGCCGGUUUUGGUGCCCCUCCAGCUGCUACUGCAGCCCCAUUCAGUGCCCCUGUAAGCGGGGGACUGGAUGACCUGUUUGAUCUUGGAGGUGGAGUUGGUAUGCCCAUGGGAGCCUACAGCCCACCUAAAACAGUUUGGCUGCCAGCUAUGAAAGGCAAGGGGCUCGAAAUAUCUGGCACCUUUGCUCGCCGUGGUGGCGUCAUCCAAAUGGAGAUGACUCUCACCAAUAAAGCGAUGAGUGUCAUGACUGAUUUUGCCAUCCAGUUUAACAGGAACAGUUUUGGUCUUGCUCCAGCUGGUCCUCUCCAGGUCCUGACCCCCCUAAGCCCCAAUCAGAGCAUUGAAGUGAGCCUUCCUCUCAGUACCGUCGGCCCUGUAAUGAAGAUGGAUCCCCUCAACAAUCUGCAGGUGGCUGUUAAGAACAACAUUGACGUGUUUUACUUCAGCUGCCAGUACCCCAUCAGCAUGCUGUUUGUUGAGGAUGGGAAGAUGGAGAGACAAGUUUUCCUCGCCACAUGGAAAGACAUUCCUAAUGACAACGAGGCCCAGUUUCAGAUUAAAGAUUGCCAUCUCAGCUCGGAUGCAGCCUCCAGCAAACUUCAGGGUAGCAACAUCUUCACCAUAGCUAAGCGUACAGUGGACGGCCAGGACAUGCUGUAUCAGUCUGUAAAGCUCAGCAACGGAAUCUGGGUUCUGGCUGAGCUGAGAGUGCAGACGGGAAACCCGAUUUUCACAGUGUGUCUGAAGUGCAGAGCUCCAGAGGUUUCUCAGUGCGUGUUCCAGAGCUACGAGGCGGUGCUGAAGAACUGAUCCAAAAAGCCGAGCACCCGGUCAGCAGCUGCUUCACCAACACCGCAGCACCUUCUGCUCUCCCUUCACCGGCGUCCCAACCAACUCAUACAGUCCUUAUCUAAAAGGUUGCACCGUCUGCUCCUUUAUUGAGGCACUUUUAGUUUCUGAAAAGACAGCAUUGAUUUGAGCUACUCAAUCUUUAUUCACUUUUUAGCUUCAGGGUUUUGUCUUUAGCAAAAUGAUUAGAACAUCUAUUGUCUGCUUUGCUUUUCUUUCAAAACGACCCGUAUUCAUUAGGGGCCAGAUGGUGACCUGACUUCUGUCCUUCUAACUUCCUCAGCAUGUGGCUCAACAAUCAUUUUCUAUCCCCACUUCUCUGCAAACUUCACUCUAUUUUUAGCACCUGCAAUCAGCAGGUGAACCAUCAGCUUCAGCAUAUUUAUUAGGGGGUGCAUUUAGGUUGUGGUGCUGGUGAAAGAGGCAAGUGUCAGGUGGACACGUAAAUACUUAAACUACACUAUAGUGAUUUUAUAAAGCUUUCUUUAGUGUCUGUGUGGAGCAGUGGAUUUGGAUCUACUAGCCCUAAAAGCAGAAUGUCUGUCUGACGUGUGCAUAGAAAUCUGUGUGUUUUUUCUUAAAUUUUUACAUCAAUAUCUUGACAUUUAUAGAGUAGCAGCAGGUGUCAGCCCAUUGCUCUCAUGCUUCGUCAUUCCAUGCUUUAUUUUGUGUUUUGUAUUCUUGCUGUCGGUCUCCAUGAAGCAGACUGGAAGAGAGCCUCUGGGUGCUUUUUUUUUUUUGUGUCCUGUCUGUUCCUGCGUCAGCAACGGCCUCUCAGGCUCUCUGCCACUCUGCUCCUCUUCCUCUGAAUCCUCGCUGCAGCUCUCCACCGAAGAUGAAGGCCCAGGUGACACAAACUGAUGUCAUCUGUUACAGAUAAGAGCAUACAUGUAGGUAGAACACAGUCUCACCUGAAGGGGGGCUCAUUUGUUUUCCGGGUCGUCACACUGAAGCCCUUUGUCUCAGUGGCAUAAUUGCACCUUCUCUACUUGGUGAAAGGCUGUGUAUUCUUUGUGUGCAGUGACAGAUGAUUACGAUGACAUGCUGCGUUAAUUAAUCAGAUGUUUAAUCAGAUGUUUUUUUAUUUACUUAAUUUUGCUGUAUGUGUUCAUCUAAAAAGACACACAAAAAAAACAAUUAAAAGUCUUGAUGAAUCCA